AUGGCAUCUAGCGAGGAGAGGUCCGUCAGCCCGGAGGCCAAUGGCGCCGAGACCAAGCCCAAGUCCUCCAGCAAACGCAAGAACACGACCGACGAGAUCGAAAUCGACCUCGCCGCCCCCGAGCCCCCCUCCAAGCGCGCCAAGCGUGCCCUCAAGAAGGGCAAAUCCGCCUCGUCCAAGAAAUCCGGCAAGGACGACGACCGCGACCUCCUGGACGGUGAGGAUGAGGCCGCCGACGCCGACGGCAAGCCGAAGCGGUCGGAGCACGGGGUCUGGAUCGGGAACCUCCCCUUCGCGGUCACGGCGACGAUGCUCAAGACCUGGCUGGUCAGCAACUCGGGCGGCGUCAUAACCGACGAGUCCAUCACCCGGAUAAAGAUCCCGACGACCAAGACCAGCGGCCGCGACAGGGCGGCCAAGCCGGUGAACAAGGGAUUCGCCUUUGUGGACUUCUCGGAGAUCGGGCCAAAAGUCUCCGCCAUUGCGCUGUCGGAGAACGACCUCGCCGGCCGCAAGCUCCUGAUCAAGGACGCAAAGUCCUUCGAGGGCCGCCCCAAGAAGGAGCCGGAGCCGGAGCAGUCCAAGGACGGGUCUCUUCAGCAGAAGGAUGCGUUCAAGCAGCACGAGAACGCCAGCAGGAAGGUCUUUGUCGGCAACAUGAGCUUCAAGGCUACCGAGGAGGAUCUGUACAGAAAUUUCGAGAAGUGCGGCGAGAUUGAGUUCGUCAAGCUCGCCACGUUUGAGGACACAGGAAAAUGCAAGGGAUUCGGCUGGGUCAAGUUCAAAGAGCCCGAGGCCGCCGCCUGGGCCGUCAAGGGCUUCGUCAAGAUCAAGGAGAAGGUGGAGACGGAGGCAGAUUUCAAUGGCGAGGAGGACGGUGAUGACGACAAGCCACAAGAAAAGCAGUUCAAGACGAGAAAGUGGUGGGUGAACAGGAUGUUCGGGCGGGAGCUGAAACUGGAACUGGCAGAAGAUGACCAAUUACGGUACAAGAAGCGAUUCGGCAAAGAUGCAAAGAAGGAUGACGGGAAUGAGGGGCGUGGAAAGGGCAGGCAGCCUCGCUCAAGAGGCCAGGAUGCGAAUGACGGACCAACGGAAAGCAAGGAGCUGCGGGCUGCUGAUGAUAUCCAAGUUGCCAAGUUGACUGGAGCGGUGGUGAAGUCGACGGGAACAAAGGUCACCAAGAAAGAUACACAUCCCGCAGUCACAAUGUACGAGGCUGUAAUUGUCUUUACGCUGGAUACCAUCUGUCCAUGGACAUUUCUGGCCAAGAAGAGGCUCGAUGAAGCCCUCGCCAAGGUCCGGGCGUCCCAAGCUUCCCCGGACGUCACAUUCACCGUCCGCUACGACUCAUUCCAGCUCCAUCCGGAUCUCCCACAGACGGUGGACAAGCAAGAGUGGUACCUCCGCAACAUGCACAUGGACAACCCGGACGCCCAGAAGCUCUACCAGGCGCACAUGUCCGAUCAGUUCGAGCCCCUGGGCAUCACCUUAAACUUCGACGGCACCAUUGGGAACACCUUCCAGGCCCACCGCGUCAUCCAGUAUUUCCAGGAGGACAAGGGCCCGGAGACUGCGAGCCGCCUCGUCGACGGCCUCUUCAUGAGGUAUCUCACGAAGGCGAAGAAUCCAACUAGCGAGGAGACGCUGGUGGAGAGCUGUGUGGAGGCCGGCAUCGACAGGGAGGAGGCGACGGCGGUGGUGCGCGACCAAUCCAAGAAGGAGGCCGAGGUGAAGCGGGGCAUGCGAGAUGUCGCAAUGGAUACCGACUCGGUCCCCAGCGUCAGGUUCGAGGGCAGGCGGAGAGACAUCACGAUACGGGGGGCGAAGGAGGUGCCUGAUUACAUCAAGACUCUGGAGACGAUCAUCAAGGACAGUUCUUAA